UAUGCGAAUUAUACAAAUGCAAAAACUGUUGCGGCCCUUGCGGACAAUCAAAAGGAGAUAGUAGAAACUUUGACAACCCAGCAAAAUAAAUCAAUACAAAAAUUAAAUAAUGAUAAUGUGAAGCUUAUUAAAUCUAUAAGUAAUGAUCAGACAAAGACUGUAAAAAAUUUAACCAGUUCACAUGAGAAGACCGUCAAGAAUCUAAGCAGUAAUCACAAAGAAGUCAUCAAGAAUUUAAGCGAUAAUCAAACAAAGGUGGUGAUGGGGUUGAGUGGAAAUCAUGCUGAUGUUGUAAAAACUAUGAAUAAUAAUAAGGUAAAAAAAUCAAAAGAUACGCAUGAUGCGUAUGGAAAGAUUAUUGACUCCAUGCAGACCAACUAUAACAAGAGGUUACAGAGUCAAGACGAUUUGAUUAGAAUGCUGGCCAUUAGUAAUAUUAAUGUGACAAAUAAGUUGCUAGACCAUGUGACUAGUACUAGUAAGGCAAAAAGUGCCUUGGGGGAUAAUAUGAAAACUUUAAAACUUUUGAAUAAGGAGCAAACACAG